AUGGGUUGUGGAAAAUCAAAACAUGAUGUUGCUUCAGGAAACACUGUCACUGUCCUCCAGCUCAAGAAAUCCAGCGUGAGCUACCUAGGAAAUGGGGCAGAAACCAAAGACACAAACUACAACAAUGUUGACAGUGUGAAUUCAGAGGUGCAAGUGGAUCAAGGUGAAAGUGUUAAAGAGUUUGGUGUUGGAGGUAAGAAUGAUGAAGUAAUUAAUGAUGUGAAAUGUGAAGGAUAUGAGAAAAUAAAUGUGCAAGAAGAAAAGGAAGCUGAGGGUGGAGAGGGAAAGACACAGAAAACUAUUGCUGCAGAGGGACAAUCUCAGUCUGAGAAGUCUUCAAAUGAUAAAGAUGAUUCAUUGAAAAAUAAUGAACAAAAGAUCAAUGAGAUUGAUGAUAAUGUUGAUGCUUUAGAUGAGAGAAUGCCAACAGAAAAUGAAGAAGACACAAAUGUUGCUAGCACUGAAGGAGCACAUGUUUUCACAUCAAAGGCGCCAAUUGAGUGA